GGGAAAAUAUACAAAGCAAUAUAUUUCUAAGGAAAUAAAACAAAGACUCGACAAAAGACGUCGACUUAGCUAUAAAUCGUCCACUAAUACUAAGUAAUAACAUUAAUAAUAUAGUAAUUAAGUACCUAUAGGUUGAUAGAGUAUAAAGUAUAGGUAACAAUAUAGUAAAAUCAUGAUGUAUUUAAAAAAAAAUUGUAGUCUUAAAAUACGGAAAAAAAUUAUUUAUGGACCGGACGCCGAUUAUGGAGCUGUGAAUGAUGAAUUAGGUUGUCAGACGUUACCUAUGUCGCGUGAAGAUUUUGAAGAAAAAAAAUUAGAGUUGUUGACAAAUUUGAAAUUAAAUAUGGUUGAAAUUGACGAAUUACAGCGUCGAACGGUUGAACAGGCGAAUUGUGUGAAAUGGAAAAAAGAGAGGUCCAAAAGGUUAACUGCGUCCAAUUUUGGGAAAAUUUGUAAAUUACGAAAAACCACUUCCAGGAAAAAUAGUGUAAUCUCAGUUUUAUACCAAUCAGAGUAUUUUCAUGGUACUGCUGCUACAAGAUAUGGGAUUCAAUUUGAAUCUAUUGCAAAGGACGAAUUUGAGAAGCUAUUCGGAUACAAAGUAGCCCCAGCUGGAUGUUUGUUGACCCUCAUCUGCCAUUUUUGGCAGCAACACCAGAUGGGCUUAUUGAGGAUGAUUCAAUAAUAGAGAUAAAAUGUCCAUUUUCUAUAAAAAAUUUUACUCCCCAAGAUGCACACAAAGCAAAAAAGUUAAAGUUUAUGGAUAUGCAAUCGGGUAAAUUAUUUUUAAAAAAAAACCAUUCUUACUACUACCAAGUACAAGGGCAAUUGCAUAUAACAAACAGAAAAUAUUGCUACUUUGUUGUAUGGACACCAAAAGGGAUUUGUGUACAUAAAAUUGAACGUGAUGAUGUAUUCUGGAAUAAUAAGAUGGAGAUGACGUUGUCAGAAUUCUACCUGGACCAUAUGUUGCCAGAAAUAUGUAAUCCACAAUAUUUAAAAACAUAAAAAACUUACGACGUUCCUACUCAUUUUUUAAUCUUUUAUAUUUUUAAUUUUAUU